GGGAGAACAGCGCGCCGGGGACGCGGAAGCUCAGCCGGAGCACUGCUCGGAGCGCGCGUCGGGUGCAGCGCAGGGUCCCGGGAUGCCGCGAGUCGCGAGCCGCCGCCCCGAGCCGCCCGCGGGACAUGUGGCCGCCGGGUCCCCGCUCCUGCUGCUGCUGCUGCUGCUGUCUUGUUGCGCGGACGCCUGCGGAGGUGCUCCAGUAUUACCUCAAGGAUUACAGCCUGAACAAGAAUUACAGUUGUGGAAUGAGAUAAAUGAUGCUUGUUUGUCUUUGUUGUCCGUGCAUCCACAGCCUCAGGCAUCCAGUGCAUUGGAGGAGCUUUGCCUCACAAUUAUGGGGACUCUACCAAAGCCCCAGGAAACAGAUGAAAAAGAUAACACCAAAAGGUUCUUAUUUCAUUAUUCGAAGACUCGAAAGUUGGGCAAUUCAAAUGUUGUGUCGUCUGUCGUGCAUCCGCUGCUGCAGCUCAUCCCGCGACUGCAUGAGAGAAGGAUGAAGAGGUUCAGACUGGACGAAGAAUUCCAAGGUCCUAUUGCAAGCCAAAGUAGAAGAUACUUUUUAUUCAGGCCACGCAAUGGAAGAAGAUCAGAAGGUUACAUUUAAAAUGAAUGCCAGCUAUAUUCUGCAGGAUCAAUGCUAUGGGAUAUAAAAUCUACUGACUUUUUUUUCUUUUCUUCUGAAAAGCAAUCCUUGCUAAGUUUAACAAGUUUGAGAAUACCUGUGUUGUAAACAUUCUUAGUAAAAGUUGACUGAGAUUGUAAAUGUUUAAUUUAUUGAAAAUUAAAGAAGAAUCUUAAAAUAUUUUUUCUUUGUGUUUAAUGAUAAAUAGUGUAUAAUAAAGCUGUAAAUAAUUAUGUUCCCUAGAUUCUUGAAGCUGUUGAUGGUACUCUUUACAAUGCUCUUUAGUUAUUUUAUGUAAGACACUUAGUAGAGUUGAGUUUUAAGGAGCUAUUUUAAUUUUUUCUGUUUGGAUUUCAUCAGCAACAAAAUACCAACUCUUACAAAAUACCAGAAUGUCAAAAAGCUAGCAAUCUUAGAAUGUGCAUGCCAACUAAAACUGUUACUAGUUGGAGGAUUUGGCCAUGAUUAAUCCAAUAGCCCAAUAAGCAAGUUCUGAUUUAUGCACCAUAAAAUAGUCUGAUUGCUGCAAACAUAUCAAGAGCCAGCUUUUUCUACCAAGUAGUAGUAUUAAGUUUAUUUGUUUAAACUUAUUUAUUUAUUGUUAUUUGUUUAUCUGUUUGUUUAUUUGUAUUUAUUGGAAUAUAGUUGAUGUACAGUGUUGUGUUAGUCUCUACUGUAUAGCAAAGUAAACCAGUCAUACACAUACACAUAUGCCCACUUUUGUAAAGAUUCUUUUCCCAUAUAGGUCAUUACAGAGUAUUUUGUAGAGUUCUCUGUGCUAUACAGUAGGUCCUUAAUAGUUAUCUAGUUGUUUCACCCUGCAGCAUCUGAAAGGCAACCAGCCUUGUCCAUUACCAGAAAGAAGACACUCUUACUAGGAGAGAAUCAUGAACACAGUGGGUGAACUUCUUACAUCAAAUCAGUGUUUAAUGGUCACGUGGAUAUUUCCCCUGGGUUUUCCCUUUUGAUCUGGCCUCUUGGAUAACUGCC